AUAGGUGAGGAGCCAACAAAAAAGGGCCUCAGGAUCCAGCACACAUUAUCACAAACUUGCUGUCCAUCCGUCACUACUGACCCUCUCCGGACCUGACUCCACCCCUGAGGGACACAGGUCAGCCUUGACCAAUUACUUUUAAGUACCAUGGAGAACAGGGGGCCAGAACUUCGGCAGUAAAGAAUAAAAGGCCACACAGAGAGGCAGCAGCACAUAUCUGCUUCUGACACAGCUGCAAUCACCAGCAAGCUCUCAGGCCUGGCAUCAUGGUGCAUUUUACUGCUGAGGAGAAGGCUGCCGUCACUAGCCUGUGGAGCAAGAUGAAUGUGGAAGAGGCUGGAGGUGAAGCCUUGGGCAGGCUCCUCGUUGUUUACCCCUGGACCCAGAGAUUUUUUGACAGCUUUGGAAACCUGUCAUCUCCCUCUGCCAUCCUGGGCAACCCCAAGGUCAAGGCCCAUGGCAAGAAGGUGCUGACUUCCUUUGGAGAAGCCAUUAAAAACAUGGACAACCUCAAGACCGCCUUUGCUAAGCUGAGUGAGCUGCACUGUGACAAGCUGCAUGUGGAUCCUGAGAACUUCAAGCUCCUGGGAAAUGUGCUGGUGACUGUUUUGGCAAUCCAUUUCGGCAAAGAAUUCACCCCUGAGGUGCAGGCUUCCUGGCAGAAGAUGGUGGCUGGAGUGGCCAGUGCCCUGUCCUCCAGAUACCACUGAGCCCCCUGCCCACGAUGCAGAGCUUUCAAGGAUAGGCUUUAUUCUGCAAGCAAUAAAAAUAAUAAAUCUAUUCUGCUGAGAGAUCACA